AUGUAUACGGCAUCGUCUGCCUUUUUCGAGGCAUUAUGGGAAGCUGGGGUUACCCAUUGCUUUGUCAACCUAGGAUCGGAUCAUCCUAGUAUCAUCGAGGCCAUGGUAAAGGGGCAAAGGGAGAGCAAAGGCAAAUUUCCAAGAAUUAUCACUUGCCCAAAUGAGAUGGUAGCAAUGUCAAUGGCUGAUGGGUACGCGCGACUAACCGGUAAACCGCAAUGUGUUAUCGUUCACGUCGACGUCGGUACUCAAGGCCUAGGGGCUGCAGUCCACAAUGCCAGCACUGGACGCGCACCAAUUCUCGUCUUUGCGGGUCUAAGUCCCUUCACGCUAGAAGGUGAAAUGCGUGGCUCGCGGACAGAGUAUAUCCACUGGAUCCAAGAUGUACCCGACCAAAAACAAAUCAUCGGCCAGUACUGCAGGUACGCAAGUGAAAUCAAGACGGGUAAGAAUAUCAAGCAAAUGGUAAACCGCGCCUUGCAAUUUGCGACAAGCGCCCCUCAAGGACCUGUGUACUUGGUCGGCGCAAGAGAGGUAAUGGAAGAAGAAAUCGAACCCUACUCACUCGAUCAAGGCGUUUGGGAAGCGGUAGAGUUAGGCGGGUUAACGCCGAAAGCCUCAAAGGAAAUCGCCGAAGCACUGCUUGGAGCUGAAAACCCACUACUAAUCACCGGAUAUUCGGGUCGAAAUCAGAAUACACCCGCUGCCCUCGUGGAAUUAGCAAAUUCCGUAAAGGGCCUGCGCGUACUUGACACUGGUGGUAGUGACAUGUGCUUCCCCGCGUCUCAUCCGGCUUGGCUCGGUCUUCGGUUUGGUAUCGAGCCCGCCAUAGAAAAGGCAGACGUGAUCAUCAUAGUGGAUUGCGAUGUCCCGUGGAUCCCUACUCUGAAUAAGCCAAAGGAUGGAACAAAGGUGUUCCAUAUUGAUGUUGACCCCCUAAAGCAACUUAUGCCACUCUUCUACGUACCGGCGCAACACCGAUAUCGUGCCGAUCCAUUGGUUGCCGUCGAGCAGAUUACGGCUGAGGCCAAGAGUCAAGGCGCGAGUAUUGACGCUGCAGUUGUCAAUAGGAAAUGGGAAGCUCUUCAGGCGUCGUACAAGGAACGCCUAGCCACUAUCGAAUCCAAGACGACCCCCACUGACGAUGGCUCUUUCGGUACGGGACAUCUCUGCAAGACUCUCCGUUCUCUAUGUCCUCAAGAUACAAUCUGGGCCAUUGAAGCGGUUACGAACACGGCGUUCGUGCACGAUAACUUAAGACCUGAGACCCCUGGCUCGUGGAUCAACUGCGGUGGAGGCGGACUAGGAUGGUCUGGUGGUGGCGCGCUCGGCAUUAAACUAGCAACCGAUACCGAAAAUGGCGGCAAGGGUAAAUUCGUCGUGCAAAUUGUUGGCGACGGCACGUUCCUAUUCUCGGUUCCUGGUAGCGUUUACUGGGUCUCGAAACGCUACGGUAUUCCCGUCUUGACCAUCGUGCUGAAUAACAAGGGCUGGAAUGCCCCUCGCAAAUCAAUGCUUCUCGUGCAUCCUAACGGUCUCGGUUCCAAGGCGACGAACGAGGAAAUUAACAUCUCGUUCGACCCCGUACCGGAUUACUCGGGCAUUGCUAAGGCGGCUGCCGGUGGUGAUCUUUUCGCCGCGAAGGUUGAUAAGGUAGCGGACCUAGAGGGUACGAUUAAGGAGGCUAUUAAGGCUGUCGAGGGUGGCCAGAGUGCUGUUUUGGACGUCAAGGUUCUGCUAAACUGCUGA